AUGGCCUACCAAGGCUCUGGCGCGCACUCGCCUAGUUACGACGACACCCACCAUCCCAUGCAGGAUGUCCCCAACUCGCAGUAUGGCAAUGACGACGAUGUUGCGCGCGGCCUUCUGUCCCACCAGCAGCAGGGCCCCUUCGCGACUCCCUUUGAUGACCCUCACUCGCGAGGAGUCUCCCCCGUGCGCCCCGCCUCUGGAUACAGCCUGACCGAGACGUAUGCGUCUGAAGCCGCGCCGACAUACCACGACCCGUAUUCCGCGGGCUCAACUUACUCGGGCCAGACCGAUAGCCCAGCGGCGGCCUUUGGAGUCCCCGGCCGUGUCGCAUCACCAUACGCCCGGAGCGAGACCUCCUCCACCGAGGCCUGGCGCCAGCGACAAGCCCCCGGCGGUGGCAAUGGAGGCGGCGGUGGUGGUCUGCGCCGAUAUGCCACCCGUAAGGUCAAGUUGGUGCAGGGCUCGGUCUUGAGUGUGGACUAUCCCGUGCCCAGUGCAAUUCAGAAUGCGAUCCAGGCCAAGUACCGAAAUGAUCUGGAAGGCGGUAGCGAGGAAUUCACUCAUAUGCGAUACACGGCCGCCACCUGCGACCCCAACGAGUUCACUCUACAUAACGGUUACAAUCUGCGGCCUGCGAUGUACAACCGUCACACGGAAUUACUGAUCGCGAUUACUUACUACAACGAGGAUAAAACCUUGACGGCUCGCACUCUACACGGUGUGAUGCAAAACAUCCGCGAUAUUGUCAACCUGAAGAAAUCCGAAUUCUGGAACAAAGGUGGUCCGGCUUGGCAAAAAAUCGUUGUUGCCCUGGUCUUCGACGGUAUCGAUCCCUGUGACAAGGACACCUUGGAUGUCCUGGCCACAAUUGGUAUUUACCAGGACGGUGUUAUGAAGCGUGAUGUUGAUGGCAAGGAGACAGUGGCUCAUAUUUUCGAAUAUACCACCCAACUCUCUGUGACACCCAAUCAACAGCUCAUUCGCCCAACUGAUGAUGGACCAAGCACACUACCCCCUGUGCAGAUGAUGUUCUGCCUGAAGCAGAAGAACAGCAAAAAGAUCAACUCCCACCGCUGGCUGUUCAAUGCAUUCGGCCGUAUUCUGAACCCCGAGGUUUGCAUUUUGCUUGAUGCUGGAACCAAGCCUGGCCACAAAUCGCUUUUGGCUCUUUGGGAAGCCUUUUACAACGAUAAGGAUCUGGGUGGUGCAUGUGGUGAAAUCCACGCCAUGUUGGGUAAAGGCUGGCGCAACCUGAUCAACCCGCUGGUGGCAGCUCAGAACUUCGAGUACAAGAUCAGUAACAUCUUGGAUAAGCCACUGGAGAGUUCAUUUGGUUAUGUGUCUGUCUUGCCUGGUGCGUUCUCUGCCUACCGCUUCCGUGCCAUCAUGGGACGCCCGCUGGAGCAAUAUUUCCACGGUGACCAUACUCUGUCGAAGCAACUGGGUAAGAAGGGUAUCGAGGGUAUGAACAUUUUCAAGAAGAACAUGUUCUUGGCCGAAGAUCGAAUUCUUUGCUUCGAACUUGUCGCCAAGGCCGGCUCAAAAUGGCAUCUGUCGUACGUGAAAGCCUCCAAGGGUGAAACUGACGUGCCUGAGGGUGCUGCCGAGUUCAUUUCGCAGCGUCGUCGUUGGCUGAACGGUUCCUUUGCGGCUGGUAUCUAUUCCCUGAUGCAUUUCGGCCGCAUGUACAAGAGUGGCCACAACCUUGUUCGCAUGUUCUUCUUGCAUAUUCAGAUGUUGUACAACAUCUUCCAGACCUUCCUCUCUUGGUUCUCGCUAGCCUCCUACUGGCUGACCACCACAGUCAUUAUCGACCUGGUCGGUACUCCCAGUCCAAGUAACAAGAACACAGCUUUCCCUUUCGGCAAAUCUGCAACCCCCAUUGUGAACACCAUCAUCAAGUAUGUUUACCUGGGAUUCUUGCUGCUCCAGUUCAUCCUGGCCCUGGGCAAUCGGCCCAAGGGCUCCAAGUUCUCAUAUCUGGCUUCCUUUGUCGCAUUCGGUAUCAUCCAGCUCUAUAUUGUGGUUGAUUCCCUGUACCUGGUGAUCCGCGCUUUCAGCGGCGGCGCCCCUAUGGACUUUACCACUGACCAAGGCCUGGGUGCUUUCCUCAAAUCAUUCUUCGGCUCGUCGGGUGCUGGUAUCAUUAUCAUUGCCCUGGCAGCCACCUUCGGUCUUUACUUCGUCGCUUCCUUCAUGUACGCCGAUCCGUGGCACAUGUUCACGUCCUUCCCGCAGUACAUCGUGCUCCAGUCAUCUUACAUCAACAUCCUCAACGUCUAUGCCUUCAGUAAUUGGCACGAUGUAUCUUGGGGAACCAAGGGAUCCGACAAGGCCGACGCCCUGCCUUCGGCCAAGACAACAAAGGAUGAAGGCAGCAAGGACGCAGUCAUCGAGGAAAUCGACAAACCGCAGGCGGAUAUCGAUAGUCAAUUUGAGGCCACCGUGAAGCGCGCUCUGACCCCCUACGUCGCCCCGGUGGAGAACGAUGAGAAGUCUCUCGAAGACUCCUACAAGAGCUUCCGCACUCGUCUCGUCACUUUCUGGAUUUUCAGCAAUGCUUUCAUGGCUGUCUGCAUCACCAGCGAGUCUGUCGAUAAGUUUGGUUUCACGGUAUGUUUCAUCCGCCUCUGGUUCCUUCCUGAGUGA